GGAACGAAUUGUCUGGUUAUACCUUUAACUUUAUAUGAUCGUAUGUGAUUAUGGUUUCUUUGCGGUGCUCAAUCAAUAAGUUGUUUGUAGAGUUUCAUCAUUGUGCCGUUCGUUCUUACUCUUCAAAGUUUUUUUCGACUUGCAAAAUGACAACUAAAUCAGCCCUUGUUUUGUUGGCAGAGGAAGCAGAAGAAAUGGAGCUUGUAAUAUCUGUUGAUAUUUUGCGUCGUGCAGGGAUCUCUGUUACGGUGGCAGGACUGGCAGGCUCGGAGCCUGUAAAGUGUAGCCGUGGUGUGGUUGUGUGCCCUGACUCUAGCCUUAAGGAUGCUGUGGAUAAUGCUCCAUUUGAUGUUAUUGUUCUGCCUGGGGGACUGGGAGGAGCAAGGAAUUUGGCUGCGUCUUCUGAGGUUGGCUUGCUCCUGCAGGAGCAAGAGAAAGCAGGCCGCCUGGUCGCUGCGAUCUGUGCUGCUCCAACUGCCCUGCUAGCCCACAAUGUUGGCAUUGGCAAGUCCCUUACAUCAUACCCGAUAUUCAAAGAGAAGUUGCAGGAAAAGUACUUUUACAAGGAGGACAAUGUGGUAGUGGACGAUAACUUAGUGACGAGCCGAGGCCCAGCCACGGCUUUUGACUUUGCUCUCGCCAUUGCCGAUAUUCUUCUGGGUGCUGGUACUUCUAAGCCAGUGGCUAAAGCAUUGCUCAAAGUCUGAACUGUAGCAAGUAGAAUGAAAUGUAUUACAUGGUUUGUGAUAUAUUUUGGGUGCUGAGGCAUCAGUAAAGUGUUGCAAACAAACAAGAAAAUGUCUUGUUUCCCAUUUGUGAGGUCUUCUUGCUGUUCACAAACUCUCAAGACUAGAAGUGUUGGUUUUGUUGUGUUAAGCAAAGUUCUGUGCCUACCACGAAGCCUAGAGUUAAGAAUAUGUAAAGCUCUACCUCCUACAGUUCUUCAUGGUGUGGUACUUAGGUGUACCAUGGGGCAUACAGAGGAAAAGGUAUGUGUAAUGAAGAUCAUGUUACUGAUAAGCUAAAAUACCGUAACUCCUCACGUUGGCCAGAACUUGCCAUACUGGUCUUUGCUAGCAUUUCCAUAGUCAAUACAAGGUUUAUUCUGAAGCUGAAAGUUUAUACACAGAAAAAUGGGAUAUCUCUAAAUGUGUUUACUAUUUUGUUUGUGGUAAGUCCAUGGUACAGUGUGAAGCCAUCAUUUGGCUGUUUGAGAAAUUUCCUGUUUUUGUAUUAUUUCAAAGUUAGAUUUGAGGUUUUCAAGAUGACAUGAAUAUAGAUUAUGAGCUAGGUUGUUAAUGGUAUAGUAUUUAGAUGUGUGCCAACAUUCCAGAGAAAGAUACCGAGUGCAUUAUCAGGGCUGCAGUUAAGAGUGUUAGGAAGUGUUUGAUUAAUACAAGGAUAUGCGACAGAUCUACCCCAGGAAGUGGCCAGUCAGAGCACUGAGGUAUGCUCCAAAAAGGACUCUGUGCUAUAGGCAGGGUCUCACAAAUUGUGUAAGGGCUGAUAAAAUGUGAAAAAUAUGGUAUUUGUGUCCACUAAAUUAUAUUUAAUUUCUGAUGCAAGGAGAAAUCUAGGUUAUAUAUGCAAGUGACAUGAUCCCUGCCUCUGAUGCUGUCUUCUGAUCAGUGUUCCUCUAUUAUGUCAUGCAGAAGUUUGUAAGGGUUUAUGUUUUGUUAGGGAAAGUCUCAAGUUUUUUGGUAGUGGAUUGUUAAAAAGGAAAGAGAUAUCAUCAUUAGACCUUCAGGUUUGACUUUUAUUAUAUAAGAAUAAAGGAUUUGAACCCUGGUACUGAAGGGGCUGAUGGCCAUACUUUAAGUACGUGGUUAAUAAUUUAAUGUUGGGCUAAUGCAACCCACAGCCAGCUGGACCUGGCUUAAGCAGUGACAACUGAUUAAUAUGUAAUAGACUUAAAGCAAUUAAGUUUUUGGACAUUGUCUAUUGUCUUGAAUUUUUUUGUUAAAAACAUGGCAUUGCAGAGACUGGAAUCUGUCUCUCUCCUCAAGUAAAUAACUUCUCCACUGGGCCCAAUUGAUAGAGCUAGUCCAUAUCUCCGAUAGAGCAUCCAGAGUUAGGGACUGGCUCUAUCAAUCAAGACGAUGGAUAACAUCCAGAUUUAGUUUGUAUUCUUAACUGUAAUGCUCCCUCUACCACUGGAUCCAAUUCACAAUUUUUUUCUGUAAAAUAAUCCACCUAUAUGCUUUACAGCAGAUGAAUCCCAUGAAAAUAAAAAAAAAUGGCUGUUAUUUUGA